AUGCGACUCCAAUCUUCUUCUGUUAUUAUUCUGAUGAAAGCAGAACAAGAAAGGAAAAUGCGAAAAGAAGAGGACGAAUCUUUGAUCAUCUACCUCAAGAAAGAAGUCGAGGCUGCUCUGCUAAGGACCGAUUCACUGGAGAAAGAAAAUCAGGAAUUACGACAAGAAGUAGUUCGUCUAAAAGCACAAAUAAGUUCACUCAAAGCACAUGACAAUGAGAGAAAAUCCAUGCUUUGGAAGAAGUUACAGAACCCCUUUGACAGCAGCAAAACUGAUGUAUUUCUGCAGAAACAUUCAGAUUUUGUCAAAGCCUCAGAACGGAGUGUGGAACAUUCAAGUCCAAGGCCAAGCAUACAAGAAUUAGCAGCAAGAAAAGAGAAACCGGCAAAAGUACCAAAUCCGCCACCAAAGCCUACUUAUGUGGCCCCUCCAUCACUCAAGGAAGUGAACGACAGUAAAUUGCCACCAACAUCAGCACCACCGCCUCCACCUCCGCCACCAAAGAUGUCUGUUGGGCUAAAAGCAGUGCGCCGUGUGCCAGAAGUUGUGGAGUUCUAUCGUUUGCUUACAAGGAGAGAUGCCCACAUGGAGAACAGAACCAAUUCAGCGGCUAUUCAAGUAGUUGCAUUUACUCCUAACAUGAUUGGAGAAAUUGAGAAUCGCUCCACUUAUCUUUCUGCUAUAAAAUCGGAUGUGGAAAAACAGAAAGAAUUUAUCAACUACCUAAUCAAAGAAGUGGAGUCUGCGGCCUUCAAAGAAAUAUCUGAUGUGAAGGCAUUUGUGAAAUGGCUGGAUGAUGAAUUAUCAUCUUUGGUUGACGAAAGGGCAGUAUUGAAGCACUUCCCGCAAUGGCCGGAACGAAAAGCAGAUGCUUUGCGUGAAGCUGCUUUCAACUACCGAGACCUAAGAAACCUCGAAUCUGAAGUCUCAUCAUUCCAGGACAAUCCAAAAGAUCCUUUGACCCAAGCCCUGGGAAAAAUGCAAGCAUUGCAAGACAGGUUGGAGCGAAGCAUAAACAAUACGGAAAGGACAAGAGAGAGCAUGAUCAAGAGAUACAGGGAUUUUCAGAUCCCGUGGGAAUGGUUGCUGAACACAGGGCUGAUCGGUCAGAUGAAAUUAAGUUCUUUGAGGCUAGCUAAGGAUUAUUUGAAAAGGAUAACUAAAGAACUGCAGCUUAGUGAAUGCUCAGGAGAAGAGAAUCUCCUGCUUCAAGGGGCUAGAUUUGCCUAUCGUGUACACCAGUUCGCAGGUGGUUUUGAUGCAGAGACCGUACAUGCAUUUCAAGAGCUAAAGCAGAUCGGCUCGAAUAGUCUCAAACAAUAG